ACAUUCCAUUUGCAUUGAUCGGAUGAGGAGAGAGAUCAGAGAAGAGAGAGAUAUGUCACAAAAACCGGUUUACGUAAAACAGUCUAUAGGCGUUAAUGGCUUAGAGAAGAUCAUUCUUAAAGAAGUUCGUGGCUUCUCCGCUGAGGUGUAUUUAUACGGAGGACAGGUUACAUCCUGGAAAAAUGAACGUGGAGAAGAAUUACUAUUUGUUAGUAGUAAGGCUAAUUUUAAUCCUCCGAAAUCAAUACGCGGAGGCAUUCCAAUAUGUUUUCCUCAAUUCUCAAAUCUUGGUUCUCUUGACCAUCAUGGAUUUGCAAGGAACAAGUUGUGGACCUUAGAUCCUAAUCCUCCUCCAUUUCCAACAAACAGCACUAGUAGAGCUUUCAUUGAUUUGAUUCUUAAAAACUCUGAAGACGAUUCAAAGAAUUGGCCUCAUAGAUAUGAGUUUCGCCUAAGGAUAGCUUUGGGACCUACAGGAGAUCUGAUGAUGACCUCCCGAAUUCGAAAUACAAAUAAAGAUGGAAAAUCGUUUACCUUCACAUUUGCCUAUCAUACAUAUCUCUAUGUUACCGAUAUCAGUGAAGUUCGAAUAGAAGGACUAGAGACAUUGGAUUAUCUAGACAAUUUGAAGAAUAGGCAACGAUUUACAGAACAAGGAGAUGCUAUAACAUUCGAGUCUGAAGUGGACAAAGUGUACGUAAGCACUCCCACAAAAAUUGCUAUCAUAGACCAUGAAAGGAAGAGAAUUUUUGAAGUGCGAAAAGACGGGCUUCCUGAUGCUGUGGUAUGGAAUCCGUGGGACAAGAAAGCGAAAACCAUAUCUGAUUUAGGGGAUGACGAGUACAAACACAUGUUAUGUGUUCAAUCUGCUUGUGUAGAAAAAGCAAUCACUCUCAAACCUGGCGAAGAGUGGAAAGGAAGACAAGAAAUAUCCGCGGUUCCUUCAAGUUAUUGUAGUGGUCAACUCGAUCCUCGAAAAGUACUUUUCCAGUAUUAGAAGAAUGAGAUACAAUACAUUGUUGUUGUACAGGAAUUUAUGUUCCAUUGAUGGUGAUGUCAGUGAUAUCUUGCCCACAUUUGCUUCAGGUUUAAUGGAGGAUUCAUUACUAACAAAAUUUUCUAUACCAUUUUUGCCUUUAAUUAGUGUUGAAAUGCUUGAGCAAGAGAUGAAGUGGGUUAUUGGAAAAGAACUUGAUGUUUUGUAGAUUUGCACAACUUUUCCAUUGGGAGAAUAAAACACUGCACCAUUGGAUACAUAUAUCAUCUAUAAUUCUAAAUUAUAGCAAAUGAUAGAUAAUGAGUGUUGCAAGGAUAUUGUUUAACUUGUCUAAAAAUGAAAAUUUUGUAAGAAGUUGUAGUAUUUAAUAA